UAUACUACUCACUUACUAUGUGAAGUGCUAGACGAGGUAGCCUGUCGGCAGAGCUCACACACAAACCACUAUACUUAGGAAACGAAUUGCCAAUUCAGAAUCCACUCACACCACAAAAUGUCGAAAACUCUUGAAAAACAAUUCUAUCCAUUCAACUAGAGAUUCCACAACAAUAAAAAGUGGAUGAGUCCAGGCCAUCCAUCCAUGUAGUAUAGUCAAGGAAGAAACUAAGAUGAUAUUGGUAAUACAAAAAGUGAGUACCCUUAUUUUCUCUUACCACCAAAUCUCCACUAAUUUUGUUUGUCCAAGUAACUGUUUGGAAGAAAUCACGAAAAUGGUGAAAACCCAAUUCCUGAGAAUUCUAUCAACUUGAUUUCAACUUGCAAUGAAUGAGGUUUUGGUGGCAAAACCAUGAGGAGAUAGUAUAUGGAACAAGGCAUUAAUCAGACAGAAAAUCACCUUGUUUACAAACACAGCAUACAGCAAUGAAAAGUGUAGCAGGGUCUGUAGGAACAAGUGGUAGCAUUGGUUUGAGAUUUGGGCAGCUCCUAUUCUCUUCAUCCUCUAUAGUCUUCAUGUCUUUAGGAGUUGGAUUCUACAGCUACACAGCCUUUUGCUUUUCGGUAACGAUAAUGGGGUUGGCUAUUCCAUGGAGUUUCACUUUGGCCAUACUUGAUGGAUAUUCCAUCCUAGCUAACUUCCCAGUACAUCAAUCUGGCAUUUUCAUGGUGAUCAUAAUAGGGGACUUGGUGUUAUCCUUUCUGGCUCUAGCAGCAGCAAGCUCAACUGCAAGUCUUGCUGAUCUUCUGCUAAAAGCUGAUGUAUCCUUUUGCCCCCCGAGGCUGUGUAGCAGAUAUCAGAUAUCAGCUGUAAUGGCUUUCUUCUCAUGGAUCCUUUUGCUGCUAUCAUCUCUUUCCAAUAUUUGGCUACUUCCAUGGUUGGAUACGGAUUGAUAAUCUACCAAACCCAGACAUACUGAAUGUCAAUGUCCCAAGCACAUCGAUUGUAAGAACAACUGGUAUGGGGUAUAUGAACUAAAUAGGCUCUCUCUCCUAAUAGACUAGUCUUUUGGUCUGUAUCAGAAUGCUACUGCACAUUGAAACCAAUGCUUCCCAAUACUAACAAGGUUGUGGCAUUAACAUCUUUAUACUGUUAUUUAUAAGUUCCAAACAUUUUUGUUUCUUCACUCUUUAUUAAUUUUGAUUCUCUUUAGCAGAGAAGCAUGAUCAAGUGUUUAUCUCUUGCCAUUAAAAUUUCCAGCAAAGAUUAAGGCAGCAGCAUGACAGAACAGAGAAAAAAUUCAUUCAAAAUCAGCACAAGGCCUAAAACUAUAACCAAUUUGGGUUAACCGGCUCAGCUCAUCGCGAGAUGAGCAUCCAAACACACAGGACCUUUUUUGUGAUACCUCUGUAACGAAAAGGUUUCCUCUUGAGAAUUCCACUUCUAAACUCAAUAUCAAUCUUCUAUUUUCUACUACAUGUAUGUGUGAAUAGCAAGAUUAUGACUUGAGUUCAUCUUGUAACUAUCACUUCUAUGUUUAAAGUUGAUAGUAUAUCGUAAAAUCAUGCGACUCAUCAAUCAUGUUUCGUUCAUUUUCUUUAUAAGUAAAUUUUCGUUCUUUGUUAA